UGACCGAGAUCCCCGUCAACUGCGGAUGUCCGUGACCAAUUCCAGCGUCUUUCUGCUUAACGAGGGUUCAGCCGAUUCCUACACUAGUCGACCCUCGGAUUCCGACCUGUCCCUGGAGGAGGACCAGGAGGCGUCUCGGCGUGAAGCCGAGCGCCAGGCUCAACUGCAGCUAGAAAGAGCCAAGUCCAAACCAGUAGCAUUUGCAGUAAAAACCAAUGUCAGUUACUGUGGAGCCCUUGAUGAAGAUUGUCCAGUCCAAGGUGCCGCUAUUAACUUUGAAACCAAAGACUUCCUGCACAUAAAAGAGAAAUACAACAAUGAUUGGUGGAUUGGUCGGCUGGUAAAGGAAGGGGCAGACAUCACUUUCAUCCCGAGCCCAGUCAAACUAGAAGCCAUGAGGAUCAAACAAGAGCAGAAAGCCGCAGCAAGGAAAGGAGGUAACGCUUCAUCUGGAGGCUGGAGGUCCACCCCGCCAUCUGCAGCCAAACAGAAGCAGAAACAGACUGAACAUGUUCCUCCGUAUGAUGUGGUCCCUUCUAUGCGGCCGGUGGUGUUGGUGGGGCCUUCGCUGAAAGGCUAUGAGGUAACAGACAUGAUGCAGAAAGCCCUGUUCGACUUCCUAAAGCACAGAUUUGAUGGCAGGAUCUCUAUUACACGGGUGACAGCUGAUCUAUCACUGGCGAAGCGCUCGCUGCUGAACAAGAAGGCCAUAAUGGAGAGAUCCAACACUCGCUCCAGUCUGGCGGAGGUCCAGAGUGAGAUAGAGAGGAUCUUUGAGCUGGCCAAGUCUCUUCAGCUGGUCGUCCUGGAUGCAGACACCAUAAACCACCCAGCACAGCUCCUCAAAACCUCUCUAGCUCCCAUCAUUGUCUACGUCAAAGUCUCCUCACCCAAAGUCCUUCAAAGGCUGAUCAAAUCUCGAGGGAAGUCACAAAGCAAACACCUCAACGUCCAGAUGAUGGCAGGGGACAAGCUUGCACAGUGUCCACCUGAGAUGUUCGAUGUCAUCCUGGAUGAGAAUCAGCUGGAGGAUGCCUGUGAACAUCUUGCAGAGUACCUGGACAUUUACUGGCGUGCUACUCAUCUCCCCUGUGCGGCCCCCGUUAACCCCUUACUGGACCAAAGUGUGGUCACCCCACCCUCAGCUAACUCCAGCCAACAAUUUUCUGAGACUCAAGAGUUGAUAGAAUGAUCACAACCACGGACAUAGGAAGCCUGUGCUGUCGGCCGGAGUCGGACUCGGAGGUCAUAGAGCACAGGGACCAGGGCGCCACCAGAGGGCAGCAGCAGCCCUCAUCC